AUGGAAAUAAUAAAUGCAAAUACCGCAUUUCUAUCAAAUUUUGAAGUUAUGCAAAUUUUGCAGCAAUUAAAAGAUAAUACUCAAAAAAAGCACAAAAGAGAAGCAUCUCUAGCAACUGUUACAUAUGAGACUGUCAGAUAUUUACAGGACACGGAAUGUCAACAUCAAAGUAGUGAAAAAAUUAGGAAUUUCUUAGAAUCAAUAAAGUCAUUUAAAUUGACCAAAUUAGAAAAAUUAAUGAUGAUCAAUACACCACCUAGGACAGAACUUGAAAUACAACUGAUUGUCCAAGAGAGUGAAGAACGGUUAUCAGAAAAUGAUGUAAAACAGAUUAUUGGUGCAGCAAACGAAAACUUUCCACAAGCUAGUGAAUUAAACUGA